AUGGAAUGGUUUCAGGAUGACUGGAGUUGGCAUCGAAAUCCAGCAGCGGCCAUACGGUCUGGUGGCACCAAUAAGCAAACACCUGUCUGGAAAUAUUUUGUCUACAAUAAAGCUGAGAACUUGAGCAGUCAACAUGGAAACAUCCGUAUGAAAUCCACAGAACUCAAUAUCUCAAAAACUUAUCAGUCUGUUUCUUGGCUCCCAAACGGAACAAACAAUGUUAUUAACGGCCUUUCCGGGUUAGUGGAUUACACUCGAGAGCGUUAUGGAGGGCAGCUACCUUCUUCGCCUUCGUCUUCCGCAUCCGGAUCCAACUCUUCCUCAACCAGUAACAAUACCCCCGCUCCUAAACCAGCUAAACCAAAGAAGGAAGCAAAAGCUGAAGUCAGUAACUUCAUGGCUGCCUUACGGGCAGGCACUCCAGCUAUUCCUGGACUGCUUCAAAAUUUGAUGCAAAGUGUUAAUCCUUUACAA